AUGGACAAGUACGAGCCCGUUCGGGAGAUCGGGGCAGGCAACUUCGGGGUGGCCAAGCUCAUGAGGAACAAGGAAACCAGGGAGCUCGUCGCCAUGAAGUUCAUAGAGCGAGGCAACAGGAUCGACGAGAACGUGUUCCGCGAGAUCGUGAACCACCGCUCCCUUCGCCACCCCAACAUCAUCCGGUUCAAGGAGGUGGUUCUCACCCCGACGCACCUGGCGAUCGUGAUGGAGUACGCGGCGGGCGGGGAGCUGUUCGAGCGCAUCUGCGAGGCCGGCCGGUUCCACGAGGACGAGGCCCGGUACUUCUUCCAGCAGCUGGUGUGCGGGGUCAGCUUCUGCCACGCCAUGAACAUCUGCCACCGGGACCUCAAGCUGGAGAACACGCUGCUGGACGGCAGCCCGGCGCCGCGCCUCAAGAUCUGCGACUUCGGAUACUCCAAGUCCUCGGUGCUGCACUCGAGGCCAAAGUCAACGGUGGGCACGCCGGCAUACAUCGCGCCCGAGGUGCUGUCGCGGCACGAGUACGACGGCAAGCACGCCGAUGUGUGGUCCUGCGGCGUCACGCUCUACGUCAUGCUCGUCGGAGCCUACCCGUUCGAGGAUCCCAAGGAUCCCAAGAACUUCAGAAAGACGAUCUCGCGGAUCAUGUCUGUGCAGUACAAGAUCCCCGAGUACGUGCACGUCUCCCAGAACUGCCGCCACCUCCUCUCCCGCAUCUUCGUCCAGAACCCGUACAAGAGGAUCACCAUGAGCGAGAUCAAGACCCACCCAUGGUACCUCAAGAACCUGCCGAGGGAGCUCAAGGAGGAGGCCCAGGCAGCCUACUACAACCGACGGGGAGUGGGAGACGCCGGCGCCGGCGCCGGCGGCAGCAGCAGCAGCAAUGGUAAUGCCAAUGCCGUGGCAGCCGCAGCAGCCUACUCGUCGCAGAGCGUGGAGGAGAUCAUGAGGAUCGUGCAGGAGGCACAGGCGGUGCCCAAGCCGGCGAGGCCCGUCUCCGGCUACGGCUGGGACGCCGCCUCGGACGACGACGACAACGACCAGUACGAGGAGGAAGCAGAGGCAGAGCAAGAGGAGCAGGAGGAAGAAGACGACUACGACAGGACGGUGCGGCAGGUGCACGCCAGCGGGGAGUUCGACAUGAGCAGGCUCCAAAUCUGA